AUGUCUGAAAGCAGUGAUAAAUUCCGAGUCAUUAUUGCCGGAGCUGGAAUCGCUGGGCUUGCAACCGCCAUAUCUCUCAAGCGGAUUUCCUCAAUCCCUAAUCUCGACGUUCAACUAUACGAGCAAGCUGACCAGCUUUUGGAGAUUGGCGCUAGCAUCGCGCUUAGUCCAAAUGGCAUGCGAACGCUGGAAAAGCUUGGCGUGGACAAUGCUCUCUCAGAUGAGGUCGGGUUCCGAGGACCAAGUGGAAUCCCACAGAUCUUUCGUCACUGGAAAACGAACCAAGUAAUCUCUGUGGACACCCACACCGAUGUACCCGAUCCCCGUCACCAUACCACGCGAUUUCACCGAGGCCAUUUACAUGCUGCUCUCCUAGAGCACGUACCUAAGGAGGCUGUUCAUUUAGGCAAGAAAAUCAUUCACGCUGAUGUCAGCCAUGAGGGAGUGUCACUGCACUUCGAAGACGGAACCCGUGCAUUUGGUCAUAUUCUGAUUGGGGCAGAUGGCAUCAGAUCGAAAGUUAGACAAUCAUUCAUUCCCGAAUACAGAUUGCGCUUUAGCGGAAAGAUCUUCAUGAGGUCAACAUUUGAUGCAUCAUUGGUGGAGGAAAGAAUUCCGAACCUACCUGCGGACUCUUUGCACUGGUGGGGACCUGAAGAUAACUUCUUUGCAUCUCGACUCGGCAAGGGUCAAUACACUACCGUCGGGGCUUAUAGUGAUCCACGCUCCUCUGAAGAGCUUGAAAGAAACGUCGGCUGGGACCAAAAGGGAGACGUAAAAUUCUUGAGAGAAAGAUACAAGGCAAGUCAUGUAAACAUGUCCUUGUUUGAGGUGCAAAUUCUAACCUCAUAUAUGCAGGACUGGAACCCACUUAUUCAAGCCCUGACGGAGGCCACUCCUUAUACAAAUCUAUACCCUAACUUUGCUGGAGAUGCACUAGACACUUGGAUAUUCAGCUCCCGAGUCGUUCUGGUCGGAGAUGCUGCCCAUGCUCAUGGUGGCGCCUUCGCCGCAGGAGGGUCUUUAGCACUGGAUGACGCCUUUGCGCUUGGCCUUGCCUUCAAGCACGUGGUCAAAUUUUGCCAUGGAACACCACAACUCUCGCUUGAUAAUGUUAAAAAGGCAUUAGAGCUUUACGCUAAUACUAGGAAGCCACAUACUGAUAGAUUGUUGCGUAUUGUGCACAAUCAAAUUGGUACGAAACCAACUUCGUCGGGCACGCUGGAGGAAGAUGCGAAGCUUGUUUCGCGGAUGAAAAACAGACCUGAUACAGUGUGGUUAUCUGAGCAUGAUGUUGAGGCUGCAAUGACAGCUAGUAUUGUACAAUCAGAAGUACACGAUGUCAAGGCUUUGGAAAGAGAACCAGAAAACCAGGGGAGACUUGGAUCGACAGUACGCAGUGAGUGGGGUAAGUUUUGA